UGGCUGAUUGCCUAUCGAGAGCAUCCAUCCGUCUUAUAAUUACACCGUUCACUGCACUGCACUGCACUGCACUCCUCAGCUGACUUUGCUGCGUCGUCGUCAGCUGCAAGACAUUGACGCCCUCUCUUCUUGUUCUUGUUCUUGUUAUUACCAUUAUUGCUGUUAUAUCAUUUCAUCCGCCGCCGCCCCAUCGCUCUUCUCUCGUCUCUUCUGCUAUUAUUCAUUAGCCAUUAGCGCCACUCACUGUCUGGCCGCGAAUCCUUCGUCGUUAUCGUGUGCCCCACCAUCCCACCAACGACCGAGAGAGCCAUCAGCCGCACGACUCAAAACUGCUGCUAUUUUCACCCUUCAAAACCUGUCCAAGCCCCCGUCUUCUUCUGAUUCUUGUCGACUCUCCGAAAAACUCCUCUCACCUGUAUUUCAGUCGUCUUGUUUACACAUCACCCCCAAAACACCACAAACAUGCCCGCUCCACCAGGCGCCUGGGACGAGGAAGACGAGUACUACAGCUCUGACCGCCACUGGGGUGCUCGCUAUGUCAGACCGCCACCACCACCACCGCGACCGUCAUAUCUGGAUCCUCGAGCUCCUGGAGGCUCGCGCGCCGACGUCUCAUAUGGUCUUCACCGUUCGCGCUCUCAAGGCCAUGCCCCGGCUCCAAACGUGACCAUCUACAACACCGUCGAUGCCGACCAACAACCCUACAUCGCCAACAGCCCUAGCGCCAGAAACACGUCUCGCGGACGACCUCAACCCGCAUCGAGAGACUGGGAGCUCGAGGAUCAGCUGGCCGAAAUGCGCCUCGAGAUGGCGCGCCAGAGGUCACGGUCACGUGGCCAGGCAGAUCACUAUCACGAACACCACCGCAGUGGCUCUCACUCCCCGACAUACAACAAGCGGAUCGAACUUGAGCUGGCCAAGGAGCGAUUGCGGAUGAAGGAGGAGGAGCUUGAGCGGGAGAAGCUGGAGGAGCAGAUCAAGCGAGAGUACGAACUGCGGCGCGAAAAGGAGGCCCGGAAGCGCCAAGAACGCGAAACCGAAGAGGAAGCCGAGAGGAAACGCAUCAUUGCCGAAAACACAAUGAAGCUCGAGAGAGCCGAGCAGGAGCAGAAGGCGGCACGGCAGCGGGCCAUUGACGAGUGGUCCAGGAAGAAGGCUGAAGAAGAAGCGGCUGCCAAGGCGGCCCGCCAGAAGGCCAUAGACGACUUCAACAAGAAGACGAGCGAGGAAGAAGCCGCAAGGAAGAUUGAGCGCCAACGGGCCGUCGACGAGUUUGAGCGGAAGAAGCGCGAAAAGGCGGAAGAGGAACAGGCCGCCAAACAGCGCAUCAUCGACGACUACGAAGCCAAGAAGAGUCUCGACGCGAAGAAGCAAAAGGAGCAGGAAGAGGCUCUCCUGGCGAAGCUCAAGAAGCAGGAGGAGGAGAAGAAGGAGAAGGAGAAGAAGGAAUGGGACGAGUUCCUGGCGAAGCAGAAGAAGCUCGAAGAGGAGGAAAAGGCCAAGAAGGAGGCGGCGGAGAAGGAGUUUGAGCAGAAGAUGGCCGAGCGCCUCAUGAAGUCCGGCUUCCAGCAAAACCAGAUCGACGCCAUCACCAAGCCGGAAAAGCAGCAGCACCUGCCUCCAGGCUUCCUGCCGAACAACCCUCUCCAAGCCCCUGCCCAUGCCCAUGCCCCUGCCUUGGCCCCGGGCCCGGGCCCGGCCCCCGGCGGCCACCAACCCACCUUCAUCAAGGUCCACCGCGACCAUCUCUCGAUCGACACGCUAACCUACUUUAACAUUCCAUGGCGCUACGACGAGUACGACCGCAACUACUACAUCAUCCUGCGCGAAAUGGACAACACGGAGACGGACAUGCUGUUCGAGCAUACCCGCCGUCUGCGCACACGCACCACCACCUCGCUGCUGAUCGAGGAGCGCGAUUCCCGCCGCGGCAAGCCCGAGUAUGCCUUUGUCCGGCACAAGAGCAAGACGCGCGCCGUGUCGCCGAGUCCGGCCCGGCGGCGGAGGAGCUCGCCGAAGACGGUGGGCCUGCGCCUGUUCUGACUUCUGAGUGCGUCUUGUCUGGCCUGUGAAUUGAACUAUGGAAAAAUAACUACGUCCCUUUUUUUUUUUCUUUGGCACUUGGAGCGAGCGUGUUUGG